CAUAUACAGUGAUACGCACUCAAAGUGCAGGUGAUGCAUUGAAUUUGCUUUAUUCUACUGCGUACAUCAUUGCCAUGUUAAUCAAAUAUAAUGCGUCAACACAGUUAUUGUGUACGGAUGACAUAAGCUGUUAUGUUAAAUCAAUUUUAAUUGAAUGCACAAUGAUUUCAGCUUUAAGAUAAGCUAUCAGGAUGACAAAGUACCAUUGCAAUAGGUAAUCUAAGUCAAUUGUGCAUUUGUGGCUAUUCACAAUCACUCAGACAUGUUUGCAGGAGAAAUAUUAAACAGAUUGUAACCCGUUAAUUUGCGUGUUAGUUCCAGGAGGAUGUUUGGAAAUGCAAUCUGAAAAAAAAACAAAAAAACUCAGGAUUGAUACCACAAAAUAAAACCGUGCUCAGAGAUCACUUGUGCUACGGUGGCAGAAUUGAUUUCACUCUCACAAAAUUGAUUUGGUGCUGGCUGAAAGCAUCAUAAGCUACUGUGUGCCAUGGAGUCCAGCACUGUUUCAUUACAGAGCUGUCGAUGAUUUAGUUAAAUGCGCGAGAGCAGGCUCUGAGAAAGAGAUUUUUUUUUUUUUGAAGAAUUCUUGUUUCGUUUUUCCUAAAAUGCGCAGAAUAAGUCAUGUGUUUAUCUGAAUUUAAAACGCUGAAGCACCUGAUGCAUUAAAAUGGAGCGCUCGGAUGGGCUCUCGGGUUCCUCACCGAGACUGUCUCAGCUCUGCUCUCUGAAUCAGACGGCUUACUCUGCGGCUCCUCCGCUGUGCCACACUCCGGCCUCGGACUUCCAGCCGCCGUACUUCCCUCCUCCGUAUCCGCAGGCGUCGCUCUCCUACUCGCAGGCUCAGGACUCGGGAUACCCGCACCUGGCCGACCCGUACCAGUCCAUCAGCUCCCUGCAUCAGCACCAGCAGGCCGCCUGGCACCCCCCGCGGGGCCGCAACCCGGAGGACGCGGGAGUCCUACCGCAGCCACACCGCGCGCUGAGCCUCGAGCCCCGGCGUGAAUACCCCGGUGUUCCCCGGCUCCUGCACGCGCUCGGUGAGGGCGCGGGCGCGCUGGGAGACGCGCCGCUCGGUGUGCACGCGGCUCAGCAUGGCGCUGACGAACUGCAGGGUAUGGAGGAAGCGUCAUCCUUGGGAAUCUUGGAUCAUUCUGUUAUUAAGAAAGUUCCUGUCCCGUCCAAGUUGAACGGCUCUGCUCUGUCUGUCCUGUCCAUUGGUAAGGACGGUUUGGGUCUCGGCGGUGUGUCCAACCCUGCUGAGGUCUUCUGCUCGGUGCCUGGACGCCUGUCCCUCCUCAGCUCUACGUCCAAGUACAAGGUGACAGUGGGGGAGGUCCAGCGGAGACUGUCUCCUCCUGAGUGUCUCAACGCCUCGCUGUUAGGAGGAGUGCUACGGAGAGCAAAGUCAAAGAACGGCGGCCGCUGCCUCCGUGAGCGUCUGGAGAAGAUCGGCCUCAACCUUCCUGCCGGCCGCCGCAAGGCAGCUAACGUCACACUCCUCACAGCGCUAGUGGAAGGUGAGGCAGUCCACCUGGCGCGAGACUUUGGUUAUGUGUGUGAGACGGAGUUCCCGGCGAGGGCGACUGCAGAGUACUUAUGCAGGCAGAGUGAUCCAGACCAGCUACCCACAAGGCGAAGCAUGCUGCUGGCCACCAAGGAGAUCUGCAAAGAGUUUGUUGACCUCAUGUCCCAGGACAGGUCGCCGCUGGGUGCGAGUCGGCCCACGCCAUGCCUGGAGCCCGGGGUUCAAGGCAGCCUGACCCACUUCAGCCUGCUCACCCAUGGCUUUGGCACACCAGCCAUCUGCGCUGCCCUCUGCGCCUUCCAGAGCUACCUGCUGGAGGCCCUCAAACUGCUGGACAAAGCCGAGGGAGGCGGCAAAGGCCACCAGGAGAAAGACCUCAAACACUGCAAAUGAAGCAGUGGUGCAUAUCCGGCAACAUCUCAAAGACAGAGACUGAGCUCUUCCCCAGCCUUUAGGAGAGAGAGAGAGAGUGUGUGUGUGUGUAUGUGUAUUUAUGUGUGUGGGUGUGUGUGUGCUUGCUAUCCGAAUCUAACUGAAUCAGCUGCUGGAUUCAAAUCAACCUCUGUGUUACAGGAGCAAUUAGGAUAUGAUGUCCUCUGGAGAGAGAGAGAGAGAGAGAGAGAGAGAGAAAGAGAGAGAGAGUAUAAAUCAUAGCUUCUCACUUUUCUUGAUUGUCGGGUGGACAUUCAGAACAGCACCCCUGUGCACUUGUGAAAGGCAGCUAGAGAUGGCGUGCAUCGCUGACGGGAGGAUUCGUUGAGAAACAAUGCAAAUAUUGUCUUUUUGUACUCCCUACUGUAUGUUUAUUACCCAUGUUAUCCUUAUUAUUAUUAUUAUUAAUGUAUUUCAAGGUAAAUGUAAUAUAUUAUUAAAACAAAAUAAUGGAUUGUGCUUGGUUAAUGCA